ACCUGGUCUGCUUCAGCUGCGUCGGUGGAACACUCUGUAUCUCUCUCUCUCUUUCGUCUCCUCAGUUUUUUUGUUUGCUUUGAUCAUUUGCAUGCUGUUCCAAGUAACAAUGAGCGGGAUUAGUUUCUUUGAUCUCUGCCAUUAGGAUCGCAGCAUGUACUUGUUAUACUCACUCGAUCCAACUGCAUCGGAUUAGAUUGGAGACUGUUCGUCGAAAGCUCUUCUCCUUCCCUGUACUCUAGUUCCGAUUCCACUCAUGGGGGAGAACGGAGGGAAAGAGGAAUCCAAAUCGGCGGCGUUUGGGUUGCUGGAGGAGGACGCCGUGGACUACUAUUUCUCGUCGUCGUCGUCAUCGUCGCAGGCGGGUCUGGGCUUGCCGCCGGCGAAGAAGAAGCAACCGAAAAGAACCAGUUUUGACGACGAAGAUUUCUUGAACCUGUUGCAUGGUUCUGACCCCUUCAAGAUCGAGCUGAAUCGCCUCCAGAAUCUAGUCAAAGAUAAGGACCGUGAGCUAUCUGAAGCUUAUAGUGAAAUUAAAGGCCUAAGGUUGGUAGAACGUGCCAAAGACAAGGCUCUUGCUGAGGUUUCUGAGGAGCUUAACAAGAUGGUGGAGAAGUUGCAGCUAUCUGAAGCUGCUUUGGAGAGCAAGAACUUGGAGAUCAAAAGAGUUACUGAAGAAAAGAAAGAAGCAUUAGCUGCACAGUUUGCCGCGGAAGCUACUCUUAGAAGAGUGCAUGCUGCACAGAAGGAUGAGGCGCUACCCAGUUUGGAGGAUAUACUUUUCCCACUAGAAGCUGAGAUCAAGCUCUUGAAGCAAGAGAUAGCAAACCUUCAAGAUGAUAAUAGAGUCUUGGAGAGAUUAACAAAAACCAAGGAAGCAGCUUUGUUAGAAGCAGAAAGAGAAGUGCAGAUUGCGAAGGUUAAGGCAGCUCUUGUUGAUGACCUUCAGAACAAGAACCAGGAGCUCAUGAAACAGAAUGAAAUAAACCAGGAAGAGUACAAGAUACUCGAUAGAAUGCACCGUCAAAAGGUUGCAGAAGUUGAGAAGUUGGCGCAGACUGUUCAUGACUUAGAAGAGGCACUUCUUUCAGGGGCUGCUGCUGCAAAUGCUGUAAGAGAUUAUCAGCGGCAAGUUAAUGAGUUAAAGGGGGAGAAAAAGACACUUGAGAGAACAUUGUCUCGAGCCAUGGUUGCAGAAAACCGAGCGGCUGUAGUAAUGGCAAAUGAAUGGAAGGAUACCAAUGACAAAGUUAUACCAGUCAAACAAUGGCUUGAAGAGCGACGUGUUCUGACGGGAGAAAUGCAACAACUACGGGAGAAGCUCUCCAUAUCAGAACGUGCUGCCAAGGCAGAGGCUCAACUUAAAGAAAGGUUGCAGCUGCGUUUGAAGGUUGUUGAAGAUGGACUAAAAUCAUCACUUCGGUCUGGGAUCCGUUAUGAUAAACGAAACAGUCCUUCUUUGGCUAGAAGUAGCUCGAUUAAUGGGUCUGACAGUGCUCCAAAUACUCUAUCAAGUGGAAUAGGGACACGAAAACCAUGUGCUCCAAGUGGAAAAUUUCCAAGCCCUUCCAGUGCGCUGCUAAAGCAUGCCAAGGGAGCAUCAAAGUCCUUUGAUGGCUGCAGAGUAGCAGAGGAAGAGUAUUAUAAAUCAAGGUUAUCUGAAGACACUUAUGUUAGUGAUACUUUAGAGAAGGACAUCGAACAUCUUUCCAUCACAGGAGCAAUGGAGCAGCUCAGCAGCAAGCCCCCAGAUGCGGCUCCAGAUGAUUAUGUUUCAGUUGUAUUUUAUGAUAUGCUACAGAAGGAAGUAAUCACAUUAAGGAAGUCAUUGCAUGAGAAGGAUCAGUGUUUGAAGGACAAGGAUAUUUCUAUGGAGAUGCUUUCAAGAAAAAUAGACACAAUAACUAAAUCAAUGGAGGUCGAAACAAAGAAAUUGCGUAGAGAAAAGGCUGCACUUGAGAAGGAGAUAGCAGCCUUGAAGGUAGAAAACCAGAAUGAACUGAAAGUUAGGCGCUCAAAAGGGAAUGGCCAACAAUUUGCAUAAGUAAGAGAUAAUUUCAGGAACCCAGAGCUUUCAGAUUGACCAUUUAACAGAUCCUUCAUAGUUGAUGUUCUUUUUUCUUUCUAAUUGAAAGGUUGAAACAUUAGUGUCUUGCACAUUAUGGGAAAUACGUAUUUAUCUAUAUAAUUGUAAUUCUACCAAGAAAAUCCAAGAUAAGGCUGUGAGUUUCUUAUUC